AUGUUCGCGGACCGCACUCUUCAUUUGAGCUCAAAGUUCCAGGCCUCUGAAUCUUUAUUUCGCCCUCAACGGAAUUUGCACCACGGGCGCGUCAGGUAUUCCGUGGCUGCACUAUUUCAUCGCGGUCAGCGGUCGCUGUCUGCAUCCAAAACACCUUCUCUGAACCUCAAUUCCGUUGUCAGCGUAAUUGUGGCCGCCCCAGCGGUGGACCUUCCGCGGCCGCUCUUUUCCUUUGCUGUCAGCACUUUUAUCUCAGCUUUGAACUUGUGCAGAAAAUCCUGUUGUGAUGUUGCUGCUGCUGCUGAUGAUGAUGAUGAUUACGACGGUAAUUAUUUAGAGGAAGAGGGAGAAGUUGGAGAGGACAGGGAAAUGCCUAAUGAGUUCAAUGAAGAAGAUCUUAUAAUUGGUCCAAUUACUGGGAUGUGGUUCAGUAGUAAGGAUGUUCUGUUUGAUUUUUACAAAGAACAUGCAAGAUUAUCGGGUUUUUGCAUUGUCAAAAGAACAUCCAACAUAAAAGGUGGUGAUAUUGUUAGGUAUGUGCAAUAUGGUUGUGAUAGGUCUAGGAAACCAAGGAAUAAGCAUUUUACCAAGAGGAGGAACUGCCGUGCUAGAAUAAAUAGAAUUUUGGAGGAGAAUGGUUCAUGGUGUGUUUCAAAGGUGGUAAAAAAACAUAAUCAUCAAUUAAAACUAGCACUAUCGCGAUUGAUGGCUAGACACAGAUCGCUUAGCAAGUCUCUUAAGAGAACUCUUGCAGCCAAAGAUAUUGCUGGCUUAAGACCCUCAAAAAAUAUAAGAGUCGCUGAAGUACUUGCUGGUGGCCCCGAAAAUCUGGGUUGUACACCAAAGGACUGUAGAAAUUAUAUCUUGAAGAGUAGAAAGCUUCAGUUGCAAGAAGGGGAUGCACAAUCAUUACUCAAGUUCUUCAGUGACAUGCAGCAAAAAGAUAGGGAAUUUUACUACUCCGUAGAUGUGGAUAGUUUUGGUCGACUUCGUAAUGUCGUAUGGGUUCAUUCACACUCUAAGGUUGCAUAUGAGGAGUUCCAUGAUGUAAUAUGCCUUGAUACCACAUACCUUGUGAAUCGAUACAAUAUGCCAUUUCCUUCAUUUGUUGGUGUCAAUCAGCAUAGGCAGUCCAUACUUUUGGGAUGUGCUCUUAUGUCUAGUGAGGAUAUAACAAGUUACAAAAUGGUGCUAUCUACAUGGCUUGGGGCUCUAAACAAUGUUCAUCCAUUAGCUAUCAUGACUGACCAAUGUGAUAGUACUAAGGCUGCCAUCAGUGCUAUGAUGCCAAAUACAAUACAUAGAUAUUGUAUAUGGCACAUAUUCGCAAAGUUGCCUACGAAGUUAAGCGGAGUUCUUGACGGUAAGAUUGCAAAGGCAGAAUUUAAGGCUUUAGUCCUUGAUAGCAUUAACGUUGCUGAGUUUGAGAGACGAUGGACUGAUUUUAUUGAAAAAUAUAAUUUAGAGGAAAGGGAUUGGUUUUAUAAGCUUUAUUUGGAGAAGGAGAAAUGGGUUCCGGUAUACCUAAAUGACCACUUUUGGGCUGGGAUGUUGUCCACACAAAGAAUUGAAGGAAUGCAUGCUUUCUUUGACGGAUUCAUCACCCGGCAAAGCACUUUGAAGCUAUUUGUUCAGAAAUAUGAGUUAGCCAUAAGAGCUAAGUUCGAGAAAGAAUUGGAAGCUGAAUAUAGUUCAAGGUGCUUUGAACCAAAAUGUUUAUCUGAAUUUGCAUGGGAGGAAAAAUUUCAAACAUGUUAUACUCGUGAAGUGUUUGAAUUUUUUCAAGUACAGUUAAGGAAACUGUACCACUGUGAAAUCAGCUCCCCUGAAGACCAUCAAGCAACAGCUGGGGUGGAGAAUUACAUUAUCUCAGAUUAUUCGUUCAGGAGUUUUAACACUAGAGAUCCAUUUGUAUUCGCGGUUGAAUAUACACCUAUUGGCGAAUAUCUAAGUUGCAGCUGCAAGUGGUUUGAAACAAGAGGUAUUCUAUGCUACCAUAUACUUAAGGUGUUGUCUCAUAAGAGGAUUAAUAACGUUAAUGAGAGGUAUAUAUUGAGAAGGUGGAGAAAAGAUGUUGUUCAUCCGCACUUGAAAUGUUUCUUUCUUGGAGGUUACCCACGUAUGACUUCUGAAUACAUGAUGUAUAGGAAACUAUUAAAGCAUUUUGAACGGGUUUGUGAUAUAGCAUUGGACACUGAAGUGAUGAGGCGAUAUAUUAAGUAUCAUUUGAACAGAUUGGAGCAUGACCUUUUGAAUUGGGAUGAUGAUCAAAUGAUAAUUCCAGAUUGGGAAUUUGAAGAUACACAUGAUGGUGUGGGUGAGGGUGGGGGUGAAGGUGAGGGUGAGGGUGAGGGUGAUGGUGAAGGAAGAAAUAUAAGAGAUCCUAGAUACGUAGCUUCUCGUGGACGUCCAAGGUUGAAUAGAUAUAGAGGGCGAAUUGAUUCAUACUUUAGAAGUUCACAAACGGCUGGUGGAAGUGGAGUUAGAGGUAAUAGGAUGGGUAGAGGUGGUGGUAGAGGUGUUGGCAGAGGUGUUGGCAGAGGUGGUGGUAGAAGUGGUGGUGGAGGUGGUGGUAGAUGCCGUGGUAGAGGCCGUGGUAGAGGUGGUGGAAAUACUGGGCUAGCGGAAGGAAUUGAGCAAGAUGAUGCAACAGUACAAGCACAUAGUAGCUUGCCUGAUCUUAACGAUGAAGCAGACUGGGAGAUAGAAGACUUGACCGUUUAG